AUGCGUCUUCGUACGCAAAUGGAGCUUUUGUGUGCGACGGAAGUGGAUUCGCCUCCUCUUAGCAUUUCGGGGCCACUAGACGACAUUUCGGAUGUUCUUUUUGGGCCUGGAGGAUCUCAAACUUCUUCCUUAAAAGAUGACGAAGAAAGAGCAGCUGUAGCUGCCAAUCCGCCUCCAAGCCUUGAAGGGAUUCUUGCGGAAGAAUCAUUUUUUGACUUUUACUUGCUAAAGUCUGGUCUCAUCUUUAAAGCAAUUGAAGGAAAAAUCGGGCCAUAUGCAAUGGCGAAAACACUUUCCACGCUUCCGUCGUUUAUCAACUCAUUGAAUAGAGAGCAAAGUAAGGCGGAACAAGAUGCACUUCCUUCCACCGGUGCUAGCAACCCUGCCUUUGCUUUUAGUUCUCCAGCAGCGACAGGAGAUACCGGGAUGGUCAUAUUGAUCACUUCUGGACAUUUUUUUAGACUUGUGAGAAAAGUAAGCGGCAAGGAUUUGCGUCCAUUUGCAGACCAGUGGAUAUAUGCCCCUGGACAUGCCAAUCUCCAUGCUUCCUUUGGGUUGAACAGAAAAAAAUGUUGUCUGGAAAUAAGAAUCUCCCAAAACUGCACACAUCCCGAUCGUGGGGGAAGAUUUUGUGGCCCACUCAAGAUUCGCGUUCAGGAGUCAGACCAAUAUUAUGAUCAUGUGGUUCAUAUUGAGGAUGCAAGCCAUUUUUUUGAGCUUCCUUAUCAUUCUAAAUACAAAAAGUCAACAGCUGGCGGAUCGCUUUCGAUUUCUGGCGGCGGCGGCGGUACCGGCGGCGGCGGCGGCAAUGCCUCCUCAUCAGCCCCCAUCCAUCUUCAUCCCAUAGAAGAGAGCUCGAGCACCACCAUGGGUAUUGACCAGCUUAUUGCCGAUGAGUCUCCUGUGCAAUGGGUGCGACUUGAUCCGGAAAUGGAAUGGAUGCGAAAAGUCAGCGUGGAGCAGCCCGAAUUUAUGUGGAUCGAGCAGCUGGAAAACGACAGGGAUGUUAUUUCGCAAGCCGAGGUAUGCUUCCAUGAUUUAUUUCUCCCUUAA